UGUUGCCUCAGCGACGCCGGGCACAAGAUGGCGUCGGCCGUGCGGGCCGGGCCGCGGCUGAGGCGGGCGGCGGAGGGCCCGGAGCUGGCGGCGCUGCCCCGGGGGCUGCGGGACGAGCUCCAGGCCGCGCUGGGCUCCGAGGGCUCCGUGGUGCCCUUCCGGCUGCUGCGGAGCCUGCACGCCGCGCUGCGGGACGCAGGGUCCCCGCUGCGCCUGCAUGAGCUGCUGGAGGGCAGCGAGAUCCACCUGCCCGAGGUGCCGGUGCCGCCGCGGAACCCGGAGCUGGUGGCGCGGCUGGAGCGCAUCAAGGCCAGGCUGGCCAACGAGGAGUACCGGCGGAUGACCCGGCACAUCACCGGCAGGGAGACGAACGGGUCCUUGGCUGAGUUCGGGAGGCAAGUUCGCUCCAUCAAAGCCGUUGUCAUCACCGUCUUCAACUUCCUGGUGACGGUGGCAGCCGCCUUCGCCUGCACGUACCUGGGCAGCCAAUACGUGUUCGCAGAGACGGCAGCGCGGGUCCUGUCUGCACUCAUCGUGGCCUCCGUGGUCGGCCUGGCCGAGCUGUAUGUGAUGGUGCGGACCCUGGAAGGGGACCUGGGGAAGCUGUGACCACUGCCAGCCCUGGAGCCUUGAUUCGGGGCAGGUUUGUCUUCGUGCUCCCUGCAGAGCCUGCUGCAUCCCUCAGUCCUGAAGCCGGGAGUAACAGUCCUGCAGCGCGGGAUGUGGAUGGACUCCUGUAACCCAGCACAAAGAGGGGUUGAGCUCCCACUGUUCUCCUGCUCCUUUUAUCAUGGAAAUAAAUGACAGUGUGUUUGUAACCUG